AUGGUCCAAAAAUUGUCUCGAUGGUGCAGUUUGAAUACAACCCUCUCGGAAGAAGUAAACCAUCAUCAUCAAGUUCCUACAUCGCUAGCAAGUUCAGAUGAUCCACGAACUUAUCUCACUGUUGUUUUAAAUCCCGGCACAGGUUUUUCAUUUCCACUUAACCAGUCCAAUGCUCUCGAUCUUGGUGUUAUUCCUACUUUGCUUCUCAUCAAAUUCCAUUACAUCUAA